AUGGAAAGCAUCAGUGUGGAAACAGACUGGGAUGGGCUAGCCCUCUCCUCUCUGGUCGCCACAGGAGGGAGUAACUUCUCUUCCUCGUCUUUGUUUGUGUCUGAACUGAACUCCCUCAACACUUCUCAAAGCCGGGGAUCCUUUUUUGGGAAUGGUUCAACUACCACGCCUCACACCCUGCCCCAGCCCAGAAUGAGGGACCUGGGCCUUGCCCGGGCAGAGAUUGCAGUGCUCGGGUUGGUGCUGGCUCUCACCACUCUGGGGAAUAGCUUUGUGCUGUGGGUGCUGCUGAGGAGGAGAAAGCACAAUGCACCCAUGCACGUGUUCAUGGUCAACUUGUGUGUGGCAGACCUGGUGGUGGCUUUUUUUCAGGUUCUUCCCCAGCUUAUAUGGGACAUCACAGAGAGGUUUCAGGGGCCUGACUUUCUUUGCCGAUCCGUCAAGUACUUGCAAAUUGUGGGCAUGUUUGCUUCCUCCUACAUGAUAGUUGCCAUGACAGUAGACCGGCACCAUGCCAUCUGUUGCCCACUGCAGGCUUACCGUGGGGGUGCAAUGUCCCGCUGGAACACUCCUGUCAUGGUGGCCUGGGGCCUGGCCCUAGUCCUCAGCAUACCGCAGGUGUUCAUCUUCUCUCGCUCACAAGUGGCUCCUGGAGAGUACGAGUGCUGGGGUCACUUUGCUGAGCCAUGGGGGCUGAAGGCCUACGUCACCUGGAUGACAGCGGCUGUCUUCCUCCUGCCCGCCCUCAUUAUUACCAUCUGUCAGAUAAGAAUCUUUCGGGAGAUCCACAAUAACAUCUACCUGAAGUCAGAGAGGAUGGUGAUGGCUGAGCUGAAGAAGAAUCAAAUCCUCUUCCGUUUCCACAGCUUUAAGAAGGAGGAUGAACGGGCCCGGGAGAGGGGGAGACAGGAAUCUGGAGGAGGGGGCAGGGAUGGGAGAGGAGGACAGCUCCUGAAGGGUGUGAAUAAUAACCCUCACAAUAAUAGCCAGGUGGGGGAUUGUUACGACUAUGUACCAUCCGCUAUUCAGUAUAACAGUUGCCGUGGUGAGCAUGUGACAGCAACAACAUCGCCAGCACAGCAGCAGCCACUGAACAGCUCAGAUUGUCAGGAAUCCUACACGUCCUACGAGCUGGCCUCAGGCUCACCUCGCUGCUCCCUGGAUUAUGCUCCUGCUCCUGUUCAUCCUCCAACCACUCCACCCCCAAGCAUCACUAAAGCCAUGUCCAAAACAGUGAGAAUGACCCUGGUCAUCGUGCUGGUCUAUACUAUCUGCUGGUCACCGUUCUUUAUUGUCCAGCUGUGGGCAGCCUGGGACCCCGACCCUCCAGACCAAGGAGUGGCCUUCACUAUCCUGAUGCUGCUGGCCAGUCUGAACUCAUGCACCAACCCAUGGAUAUACACAGCUUUCUCCAGCAGCGUGUCCAGAGAGCUGCAGAACUUGCUGCACUGUGGGUCACGACCUGGCCGCCGGGGCUCCCUGCCUGACGACUCCACUACCACACACACCUCCACCACCAAGGACAGCCUUUACUGACAAAGGCAGAUGAGACGGAAGCAGACGUACAGAGAGACAUGUUUGAAA